AUGUUCCGUUAUUGGGUUCACUGUGGCCGGUUAGUCCUACUGAACGCGCGCGGAUCCUAUUGCGGUCAAGUACAGAUCGGUCGUAUGUGUUCAUCGUCGAUCGGUACAGUUCCAUCUAACAAACUUGCCCCCGACGAUGGAUCUGAUUGGCCCCGACUGAUCCGAGAUAUAGCUCCUGCCGGAUCUGCUCUGUUUCGUGAGAAUGACAAUUUCUCCCCGGUUGUCUUCCCCGAUCCAUUAUUUGAAUGGGACAGAGUUCAACAGAGUCUGGUUGCACGUAAACGCGUGUCGGGGAUACCGGUAAAAGAUCUGGAACAAAUGGGUCAAGAGAUCAGUAGUAUCCUUCGACAAUUAGAUUCUUUGGAAGAGUCGCGUUCGUACAUCAAAGCUCAGUUCAACUCGGAUCAGUCAAUUAAUAUCAUGCCAGUUUGUGGACCGGAUUCAACAGAAUGGCUGCGUGAAGUCGGUCCCCCCCCCAAAAAAGAAAAAGGAGCGGGGGGGGGGAAUGACGAAAAUUUGCGCAAUCAAGCUCGACUUUUACGAAUCAAACGAAAAGACCUCAAGGCCGCUCUUCACGAACUGACAUUACGAUUCCAGAAGGAAGCUCUCGGUUUGCCGAAUUACAUACAUGAAGAUUACAUUCCUGGAUCUCAGUCUUCCGUAGUAAAAACACUGGAUCGUGGUUCAUCCAAGAAGUUGAUCCGUUGGCCCACGGUGGCGGAUGAUCAACAUGUAACGUAG